AUGGAAAUAUCUCAAUCUACUACAAUAGAUAUAAUGAUGCAUAAAAUACAAAUAAAAAAAUCUCUUAUUUUUCAAGUUUAUGCAGCUCUCAUUAAAAAUUUUGACAAAUUAAAAUUAAUUAAUCAUCUGAUUAUGACGGUUACUCUAAUUUUCUUUCAUAGUCUCUAUAGCACAGCUUUUAUUUGCAGCACCUUAAUAGCUAUUUUGAAGCCUCCCUGCCAACUUAUUUAA